CACCACCAAACCAAAGAUCCAACCACCAUGAACCACCACCACAACCCACCAAUCCACCACCAUACAACCACCACCCAAAUCUUGAAACAAUCCACCACCAUAUUAAUCAAUUCCAACCAUCUUUCAACCUUUUUUCUCUUAUCUUUUCUCAUCUUUUCUCUCCGAUUAAACGUUGAAACCGCAACACACUCCCUUACUUCAUUCAUUGAUCAUGACCCAUCAAUUAAAUCUUUAUUAAACCGUCUUCAUCUCCCCCCAUCAUCAUCCAAUCACCAUUCUCCACGUGUCAAGAAACCUUUUCUUCAGCUCACCCGUGUUGGAACCCUCGACGAUGAUGAUUUCUUCUCUGGUGAUGAAAACCCGGAUCAUCGGUUUUUCGAUACGGCACGUAAUAUUAAAAAGAAUCAAACUUUAUUGUUUUUUGAUUGUUUUGAUCACUUGGGGUUUGUUAAUUAUUCGGAUAAUGGAGUUCGGGUGCCCGAAUUGGUCCCGUCUAAUGGGAAAGUUGAAUUUAAGCUAAGUGAGUCAGUUGGUAUUGAUGAAAAGAUAGAUGCAGAUGAUAUAUAUAGUGAAAAUGUGAAUGAGGGUGUUGAAGAUUUUCUAAAAAGAUUUGAACUUGAGCAUCAUGAAAUGUCAGCACUGUUGUUUUUGCUUGGGGUUUUAUCGGCUUCGUAUGGUUUUGCGAUUCUUGGUUUUGUUGUAACUUAUGCUUGGGUGCUUGGGAUUGUGUUUGUUGUAGUAGUGAACGAUUUGUUAAAAGGGUAUAAGUCGUUUGUUAGGACUUUAUGGGACGGGUCGAAUUUGGGGUUGAAGCGUUUGUCGGGGUUUAUCGUUAUGAGAUGGGCAAUUAGGGAUGCUUUGACGCAGUUGUUGGGUGUUUGGUUUUUUGGUGAGAUCGAGGAUCAGUAUUUGUUUUUCAAGAUUUUUGUUAGGUUGAAGUUGAUGCCUUUUUCGAUUGUUUCUCCUUGGGUGAAUGGGGUUGAGAAGGAGAUUUAUGGGUUUUUGUUGUCGUGGAUUUUGUUGGAUACGUUGGUUUCAUUUGUUUUUGCUGUGGAUGCUUGGAUUGCGAUGGCGGAUACCAGGAAAAGUGUUAGGGAAGUUGUGAAAGAAGGGUGUCAUUUGUUGUCACUAAUGUUGCAUCCUGCGAUUAAUCUUAAGUUGUUGGAAGGUAUAGUUUGCGGGUCGUUUGCAAGAUGGGUACUUGCAGGGCUGUUUGGAAAGUUGUUUGCUUCUGCUUUCCAGUCUUUUAUGGAGGUAUACUUUAUGGUGACGUGGCUUUUGUACUACUUUUCUGUCAAGUCUAAAGAUGCUAAUGCUAGUGGAGUACCAUUUGGUCAAAGAGAGCUUGAAAGAUUACUUGAAGAUGUUAGAUAAUGGUUGCUACAAAUUUUCUUAAAUUAAUCUUCCAAAAGCCUCGGAAUUUGAGCUCAAAGUGAAGCGGUAAUCUUCAGUGCUCUUUAUGUUGAUUGUAUCAUAGCAAAAUGUAAUUUAGCACUGCCAUUGUUUUUACGACACCAUCUCAAUGUUUUUUAUCAUAUGUACUUUAAUUAAGAGGCAGAUAUAGCAUGUGUAUAAUUUUCCCUCGUUGAUCCCCUAUAUAGGUUAAUACAUCUUUUUGUUACAUUUUGGAGUAA